AUGAUGGAUGUUGUCUCAGGGAUAGGCGGGACGGACGGAGCGCCGUUGGUCAGCAAGAGUCCUCAACAUGAUGCAACCGAUGCAGACGGUGAAGAUGAUGUGGCUGUUGGCGACGACGACGACGUCACUGCUAGAGUCGGAGCACUCCAUGUGGCGCACGCGCCUGGUCUCAAGUCGACCUUCACAGGCACCUGCCGCGAUCUCGAUGCCGAUCUCGGGCGGCUAAGCGAGGUCUACGGGACGACGACAAUCGUGUCGUUGCUGCCGCGGACCGAGGCUCAGCGACUGACCAUUGGGCCACGAAUCGAAGCAGAAGCUGCCGCCGCUGUGGGCAUGAAGCUCCUCCGGUUUCCGAUUGUCAACGGCGGCAUUCCCGACGAUAUGGCAGUGUUUUCCGACUUUGUCGAUGCUCUUGUUGCCCGCAUGCUCGCCGGCGAACGACUGCUGGUCCACUGCCGUGCCGGCUACGGACGGGCAGGUAUGGUCGCUGUGGCCAUGCUCCUCCGAUCCGGAGCUUGCACUAGCCUCGCUGCCGCCAUCGCCCACGCCCGCCGCAAGCGGCCAUCAUCUCGCACCCGCAUGGUCGAGAACGAGAGGCAGGAAGCAUUCCUCGCCGACUACGCCACCGCCGCAGGCCUGCUUCUCGAGUAA